AUGCCAGUGGGUAACUUAACUGCUGGUAACUAUACUGAAAAAACAGAUUUAAAGGGUCUAAGACAAUGUGUAAUGGCAUGCUGCCUUGCUGAUACAUGUAACAUUGUGUUCAUUGUGGAAUCCAGAUGCUUCCAUGUGGAAUGUGUGAGCGACGAGCUCUGUUUGCCUUUACCAAGGUUAGGUGGCCAUAAGUGGGAUACACAUGUAUCAAUGAUUCUUGUUAAACCAGUUUUGCCAAAUGAAAUUUGGUCAGAAAUUUUAGAUCAAUCUAACUUUAGAGAACUAAAUAAUAAUUUUUCACCGGAAGAGGAGUCAAUAUACACAUAUUCUAACCAUCACAAUCAUGUAGCCGAUGAUGACGAAUCCAAUUUUCUAACGCAUUUUAUUAAUAACCUACCUAACAUGGAUGACGAAGAACAGCAAAAUUUUGACAAAUACACAGAUAGUAAUGAAAAUGAGAUGAUGUUGGCCUCAAGAUAUCUAGAGAAAAAUUCAUGUGAAGUGGGAGCUGAUGAUUGUCCUUACAAUGCAGAAUGUAUACCGUUAGGUAUGAAAACAGGAAGUGGUAUUUGCAAAUGUAUAAUGGGCACAGAAGAGAACAACCAGGGUGCCUGUGUUCCAAGAAGGCCAUUUUCCAAAGGACCUACCAUACCUAUUGAGCCUAUCAAAAAAAGUAACAACUUAAUUUCAGACAUAAAAUCAGAUGAGCUAAAUACAGAUAAACCUGUUUCAAUACAGAAUUUGACAGUUUCCAUUGCAUCAAAAGAGGUUCAACUACCAGAUAAUGAAGUAACUUUAGCAGCAUACACUAUACCUGAUGAGAAAUCAGCUAUGACUCACUACAAUUAUGCCUGGACUCUUGUGGAUCAACCUAAAGAUGGAUUUACAGGUAAUAUGAUACAAAAUGGUGGCACAAUGACAUUGAAGGAUCUAACAGAAGGUCAAUAUCGGUUCAAGGUAACAGUGAAUGGUACAAACUCAUAUGGUGAGGCUUUCGCAAAUGUGACUGUACUACCGCCAAAAAGAAUCAAUACUCCGCCAUUAGUUGUUAUAACACCACAGUCUCAAACGGUCAAAUUACCCAAUUCAGGAGCUGUUUUGGAUGGCAGUGCAAGCAAAGAUGAUGAUGCAAUAAUAUCUUGGCAUUGGGAAUUAUCUGCGGGUCCCAUCGGCUACCAGCCUCCUUUAGAAGAUAGACCCACUCUAGUGCUGAAGGAUCUGAAACAACCAGGAAAUUAUACAUUCAAACUGACUGUCGAGGAUUCCGACCAUGUAAAAAACUCAACCACAGCUAAUAUAACUGUUUUGAACCACACGGACUAUCCACCAGAGGCCAAUGCGGGUCAAGAUGUCAUCAUAUAUCUCCCUAACAACAACUUGACGCUCAACGGCAGCCUCUCCACCGACGAUCACGAGAUAACCUCCUGGGAGUGGACCAAGUCCACUGAGGACGAAAACAAAGCUGUCGACAUGCAGAACACGCAUUCACCAUACUUGCAGCUGUCGAACCUGUCGGAGGGCGUGUACACGUUCGUGCUGAAGGUGACGGACUCGUCGGGGCAGACGUCGACGGCGGAAGUGCACGUGUUCGUGAAGCCGCCCACCAACACGCCGCCCGUGGCCGACGCGGGCGACGACGUGUUCAUAUCGCUACCACAAACCUGGAUAACCCUGAACGGUUCGGCGUCCCACGACGAUCACAGGAUCGUGGCGUACACGUGGCGGUGUCUUUCUGGCCCCAAUAACUCUAACAUUGUCGGGUUUAAUGAGUCCAUAGCGAACGCGACCGCCCUCACUAAGGGACAGUACGUCUUCUCCCUCACAGUACUUGAUGAUAAUGGCAAUUCGGCGACCGAUAAUGUUACCGUCACGGUUACACAAAAUAGAAAUAGUCCACCCAAAGCGGACGCGGGCGGCGACCAAGUGUUGAAUUUGCCUUUGUCUGUGCUCAUUUUGAACGGAUCAAAGUCGUCAGACGAUUUUCGUAUCGUGUCGUGGAAAUGGACGCGCUCCGGGUCGGGGCUGGCCGCUGGCACUGUCAUACUAGAAUCUGACACCAAACCAGUACUUAUGUUAACCAACAUAGAAGCAGGUAGAUACGUCUUCGAACUGACAGUAACGGACGACCAGGGCGAGUCUGAUAGAGACACCGUGAGUGUCCAAGUGAAACCAGAUCCUUUGGACAUGAAAAUGCUAGAAAUGACCCUAAAUAUACCCAUUUCAACUUUCACAAAGAGUCAACUCGACUCCUUCAUACAGAAGAUGACGUUACUCCUCAAAGACGGUAUAACAGUCAACGUCACAGAAAUUCGUGGAGAGAUAGACACAGGCAAUACGUUCAUUGUCUUCUUUUUGUCGGAAAAGGGCGCAGCCAUGGAGGGCCUCGCGGCGCUGGGCGCGGCGCGCGGCGCGGCGGCGGCGGCGGGGGGCGCGCGCGUGCGCUCGCGGCGCUGCCUCAGCGCGUGCUCGGGGCGCGGCGCCUGCGAGCCCGCCACGCGCACGUGCCGCUGCGACGCCUUCUGGAUGCAGAGCCUCUUCACGCUGUGGCGCCCCGACGCGCAGCCGGACUGCGACUGGUCGGUGGUGUACGCGGGCGUGUGCGGCGUGGCGGCGCUGUGCGCGGCGGGCGGCGGCGCCUACGCCUGCGCGCGCGCCGGCCGCCGCGCCUGCGCGCCGCGCCGCGCCCGCGCGCGCCCCGCCUACCGCCUGCUGCCGCGCGCCGACCACGAGGAGAAGCCCUUCGCGAACAAAGAUAUAUCAGAGACAGACACGGACUCGGACGUUUUGUAUGAAACGAAAAGCAAGAUGACGUCAUUCGGAGUGCGCACUAUGAACGGAGAAGUAAACAACACCUGGAAAAAUGGCCACGCGAAAACUUCUAGAAAGAUCAAAACUUGCCUGCUGUGGUUAUGUGAGGAAGCAGCAAUAUCCAAGUCCAUCAUGGCAGGCACGAUGAACGGUGUCUGCAGUUCAACUGAUACUAGUGUAUGCAUAGUAGGCGCGGCCGAGAGCCUUGAAAGCACCAGAGGCGAGGCGGGGGUUUCUCGACGAGUGUGUACAGCCGGCAUAACGUAUGCU